AUGGCGUCGUCCCAGAAGCAGUUCCCGCCGCAGCAGCAGGGGUCCCAGCCCGGGAAGGAGCACGCCAUGGACCCCCGCCCGGAGGCCAUCAUCCAGAACUACAAGGCGGCGAACAAGCUCAAGGACAAGGUGGCGCUGGUGACCGGCGGCGACUCGGGCAUCGGGCGCGCGGUGUGCCUGCUGUUCGCGGCGGAGGGCGCGUCGGUGGCCUUCACGUACGUGAAGGGCGCCGAGGACAAGGACGCGGAGGAGACGCUCCGCGCGGUGCGAGACAUCUCCUCCCGCACGGGCGCGCGCGAGCCGAUGGCGCUGCCCGCCGACCUCGGGUACGAGGACAGCUGCCGGAAGGUGGUGGAGGAGGUGGCGAGCGCCCACGGCAGGCGCAUCGACGUGCUCGUCAACAACGCCGCCGAGCAGCACGAGCGGCGGUCCAUCACGGACGUCACCGAGUCCGACCUGGACCGCGUGUUCCGCACCAACAUCAUCUCCUACUUCCUGGCGACGAAGCACGCGGUGGCGCACAUGGCGCAGGGUGGAUCCAUCAUCAACACGGCGUCGGUGGUCGCGUACAAGGGCCAGAAGACGCUGCUGGACUACACGUCCACCAAGGGCGCCGUCGUGUCGUUCACGCGCGCGCUGGCGCUGCAGCUGGCCGACAAGGGCAUCCGCGUCAACGGCGUCGCGCCGGGGCCCAUCUGGACGCCGCUCAUCCCGGCGUCGUUCGGCAAGGAGAAGGUGGAGCAGUUCGGGUCCGAGGUGCCAAUGAAGCGCGCCGGCCAGCCCGCCGAGGUCGCUCCCAGCUACGUCUUCCUCGCCAGCGAGCAGGACUCGUCGUACAUCACCGGACAGUUCCUCCACGUCAACGGAGGCGUCAUCGUCAAUGGUUAG